UAGAACUCUGAACGACUUCAAAUCACUCUUCCUUUGUCACUGACGUUUGCCAAAACAACACAUGUUUUGUGCAUUUUCGUGUAUUAUUUCUAAUUUCCUUGCCCCCUGACUAAAACAGUGCUUUCAAGAUGCCUAAAACCAAGAAGAAGUUUAUAGACCGAAAGAAGGCUGUAACGUUCAACCUAGUGCACAGAUCGCAGCGGGACCCCUUGGCCGCGGACGAGAGCGCCCCGCAGAGGGUCCUGGUGCCCGUCAAUGCUGCGGUACCACCGAGGAAAGAAAAGGCACCUGAGUUGACACCCGAGCAGCGCAGAGAGGAACAACGCAAGUAUGGUGUUUACUUCGAUGAUGACUACAACUAUCUGCAACAUCUCAAGGACACCAAGGAGGUCACGCUCGUCCUGCAACCUAACGCAACACACAAGCGGAAAGAGAAGUCUCAGCUGUCAGCUGACGGAGAUGAGCCAGUGAUCCCCGUGGUAGAGAAGCUGAAUCUGCCGAGCUCUGUGUUCGCGUCCGCUGUUGAAGAAGAUGUCGGUUUACUGAACAAGGCUGCUACACAAGGGUUGUGCCUGGACCUGGACCCUGAAGUAGUCGCGGCGCUGGACGAGGACUUCGACUUCGAGGACCCGGAGAAUGAGCUGGAGGACAACUUCAUUGAGCUGGCCAUGGCCGAAGGAGACGGGGAUGGUUCGGAUGGUGAAGAAUAUGAGGAAGACGACAGUAUGGCGAACGACUCCGACCAGGCGUUCGCCUCGGACCUGGACUCCGACGACGACAGCAACCCGCAGGAGGGCCGCCGCAUGCCGCGGGCCCGCGUGCAGCUCGACAGCAAGUCGCGCUUCUCGCAGUACUCCAUGUCCUCCAGCGUCAUCAGACGGAACCAGGGGCUCACGCUCCUCGACGACCGGUUCGAGAAGAUGUUCGCGGAGUACGACGACACGGAGCUCGGAGCCCUGGACUGCGAGGAGAUCGAGGGCUUCAUGCCGGAGUCGCACGCCCGGCUGCUGCAGGCCGCCGAGGAGUUCCAGGAGUCGCGGAGGAGGCAGCAGCUGGACAAGGAGAGGGAGGUCGCCAGGAUGCGACGCCUGCAGGAAAUCGAGGAGGAGUCGGAAGAGGAACUGGAAACUGUAGAAGUGCCCAGAGAGGAGAAGUGGGACUGCGAGACCAUCCUGUCCACCUACUCCAACCUGUACAACCAUCCCAAGAUCAUCGAGGAGCCCAAGAAACCGGGCAAAAUCCGCAUCAACCCCAGAACGGGCAUCCCUCAAGACGUGCUCGGCGCCGACACCAGGCUCACCACGAAGUCCCUGGCCAGGUUCGACGCGCUGCAGGACGCGGGGGAUGAUGAUGAUGAUACUGCAACCCACGCCGACACUGUGCUGUCUACUCUCAGCGUGCUAUCCUUAAGACCUAAAGACGAGACGCCGGAAGAGAAAAAAGAACGAAAACGCCUCCUCAAAGAAUACAGGAAAGAACGACGCGUCGAGAAGAAAGCCAACAGGGAGGCGUUCAAAGAAGAGAAGAAGAGGCAAGAGAAGAUCCUGCUGAACAACAGGAGCAACGUGCAGGGGAACCGGAUACUGUAGUUAGAAGUUAGCAAUAAAUAUAUGUAUUUA